AUGGCGGCGCAGACACUGACACAGGAUUUCUAUGUCGACGAUUUGUUGACAGGAGAAAACUCUUUGGAGAAAGCAAGGGCGCUGCGAGAUCAACUCAUCGGCGUAACCAGAAAGGGGGGAUUCGAACUCCGGCAGUGGAUCUCCAAUGAGCCCCAAUUACUGGCGCCACUACGCAGGAAGUCAGAUCAGUCGAACCACCUAUCGCUGGAUGAUAAGGGUACUACGAAGACACUGGGACUACAGUGGACGGCUACCCAGGAUAGGUUGGAAUACUCCUCCAGCCAACCUACGAAAGCUCACAAGGUUACGAAAAGGGCGAGCCUCGCAAGAGUCGCUCAACUAUUCGAUCCGUUGGGGCUAGUCGGACCGGUAAUAGUGCAAGCAAAAUUAAUACUACAGGCGCUGUGGAAAGGUCACGUGGAAUGGGACGAGGUAGUACCAAGGGACAUUCAGGUGGCAUGGACGAGCUUCCAAGCUCAACUACAAAGGAUUCACCGAAUUACCAUCCCGAGGCGGGUCACGAUAGCUGAUACCGUCGACGUGCAACUACACGGAUUCGCAGAUGCGAGUGAACGGGCGUACGGAGCCUGCAUCUACAUCCGUAGCACAGACAACACCAACCGACAUCAAACAUGUUUGCUAUGCUCAAAGUCCAGAAUAGCACCAUUGAAGACGCAAACCCUACCCCAACUGGAAUUUUGCGCAGCAGUAUUAUUAAUCAAAUUAGUUCGAAGCGUUACCAAAGCAUUGACCCUUACAUUUCGAAAAAUUAUCCUCUGGUCCGAUUCUACCAUAGUAUUGCACUGGAUCAAUACACCACCACAUACACUGAAAACGUUCGUAGCGAACAGAGUGACAGAAAUCUUGCAAGGUAGCACCGAGAAGCAGUGGCGAUAUGAGCCAUCAGAAGACAAAGCGGCAGACACCCUAUCGCGAGGCGCAGAGCUGGACGACCUCAUACACCACAAGACUUGGUAUCAGGGACCUCACUGGCUGGAGCAAUCAGAGGACGCCUGGCCACGCGAGGAACUCACACCUAUCGAAAUACCGGAACAACGAAGGGUAAUAACCCUACAAACCAGCACACCGACUGAUCUUCAAAUCUUAGAAAGGUUUUCUUCGUUCCCAUUAUUCACACGGGUCGUCGCCUACUGUCUAAGAUUCGCCAACAACACCAGGCAGCAUUCAAGAGGACAGCUGACGAUAGAAGAACUAGAUCAAGCUACCUGUCGAAUCAUACGCUUACUGCAAAAAACGGCCUUUCCAACCGAAAUGCAGGACUUACGUGCGACAUCACCACCGAGCAAAUCAAAUCGGCUAAUCUCGUUAAGCCCAUUCCUAGACGCAGAGGGGAUAAUCAGAGUCGGCGGCAGGCUCGCCCACUCAGGGUUGAGGUACGAACAGAAACACCCCGCCGUUCUGCCUCCACAGCAUCAUCUCACUAAUCUGAUUAUUCGAGAGACACACAUCAGACAGGGUCACAGCGGGGUGCAAGGAACUCUACAUGUAGUACGACAAGCAUACUGGCCGAUCAAUGGAAGAGUUGCGGUGAAGGCGGCAAUCCGGAAAUGUGUAAUAUGCCGCAGAAUGCAAGCCAGAGCCCCGCAAUAUCCAAUAUUGCCAGCGAACAGAGUUAAAUUGGAGCGACUGUUCUUAGUGGUGGGCAUCGACGCUAAUAACGUUCAAGGCUCGCGAUAA